GAGGAAAGAAAGUUAUUCGUCGGUGGUCUAAGUUGGGAAACUACGGAAGAGAGAUUUAGGGAACAUUUUGAAAAGUUUGGCGAAGUUGUAAAUUGUAUCAUCCUACGUGAUCCAGUAACGAAGCGAUCUCGGGGGUUUGGUUUCAUAAUAUACAGAAAUGUAAGUGACAUUGAUAAGGCACUAUUGCAUGCAACACAUGUUAUCGACGGAAAGCAGGUCGAGCCGAAGCGAUCUGUGCCGAGAGAGCAAACUAGAACGAAAAAAAUUUUUAUUGGCGGAUUGCCUCCUAAUACUAGUGAUGAAGACUUAAAGAUAUAUUUUGGAAAGUAUGGAGUUGUCAGUGAGGUUGAACUGCUGAGAGAUAAGGAGACUGGCCGAUUACGUGGUUUUGGCUUUGUUUCUUUCGAUACUCCAGAAGGUGCGCAAAAAGCACUUGUUACGAAAAUGCAUGAGAUCAAUGGUAAAAUGGCUCAAGUCAAAAAGGCCGAACCAAAGGUCGAUUAUCGUGCUCUUCGU